CACAGGAGAUGGUGUUGUUCAGUGCAUUUUCUGAUCAGAUUUCCCUUCCUCAGAGUAUUGUGGAUGGUCUUGCAGAACUGUACAGAUUAGUUACUGAGGAAAAAUCAAAUCAAUGCAUGGAAGUGUCAAUUCAAGUCACUCAUGGAGCAGCUGGACGUCCACGCUUUGAUGUGUCGCAAGAUUACCUGCUGCAUCUACUCCAUCAAGGUCUCCCUGUGUCAUGCAUUGCCAGUGUUCUUGGAGUGUCUAGGCGGACCGUGUACAGACGAAUGGCAGAUUUAAACAUCACUGUUAGAGGUCUAUACAGCACUUUAUCAGACUCAGAACUUGAUAACCUUGUUGGUGAAAUCAAAGAAAGCAUGCCACAUGCAGGUUAUCGGCUUGUUAAGGGGAGUUUGCAAGCCAGAGGACAUCGGGUUCAGUGGGAGAGAGUUAAGGCCUCAAUGCAUCGUGUUGACACCAUGGGUAUACUUUCCCGUUUGAACAUGCUAGGGUGUGUAGUGCGGCGCAAAUACUCCGUUCCUGGACCAAAAGCACUUGUACACAUUGAUACGAACCACAAACUGAUCCGGUACAAUAUAGUCAUCUUUGGUGGCAUUGACGGAUUUUCCAGAAAGAUCAUGUACCUAGGCGCCGCAAAUAACAAUUUGUCAUCUACAGCCUUGGCCUUCUUCCAGCAGUCCAUUGAACGUUAUGGAUUUCCACUGAGAGUAAGAGGUGACCAUGGCGUAGAAAAUGUCGACAUAGCACGCCUGAUGUUCACCGUACGAGGCACAGGAAGGUCCAGCUUUAUUGCUGGAAAGAGUGUUCACAAUCAGAGGAUUGAGAGACUGUGGAGAGACGUGUGGUGUGCGGUAACCACUAUAUACUAUAGUGUGCUGCACUCACUGGAAGAUGAUGGGUUCUUUGACCUAUCUAACAUCAUGCAUCUUUUUAGUUGCCAUUAUGUGUUCCUGGCCAGAAUACAAGCUAGCCUGGAUGCAUUUCAUGAUGGAUGGGAUAACCACCCAAUUCGAACUGAGGGGAACAUGACACCCAAUCAACUUUGGGAGAUGGGAAACAUUCAUCAAGCGGUGGCAGAGCCAGAGUUUGAAAAUACUGAGGAACUGUACCUUCAACACCUUGACUGGGAAGAUUGUGGCCUGCCUUAUGAUUCACAACAUGGAGUCAUUGUUCCCACAGCUGAUAGCCUGUUGAGCCCAGAAGAGCUAGCAGGACUUCAGGCAGCAAUUGAUCCCAUGGGACCCUCAACUUCAUAUGGCACAGAUAUCUAUCUGGCAACCACUCACUACAUACAGCACAUACUUGGAAAACAGUGAAGAACAGUUUUAUUUUUAU